AUGUGUCGGGUUUUCAUGGAGAUCAUGAAUUCUCUAUGCCCCCAACGAGAACGAGAAAGCUUUGACAAAGUUUAUGAUUAUGGCCACCGUUAUGAAGGUCAUCCGUGUUAUGAGGAAAAAUGUAUGGAAAAUCGAUCUGCUUUCUUCUGGAAAGAUGUUGUUAUGAUUGCUGCCCCGCAAACACCCCGGAACGAUCAUCUUCGGAAAAUUAUGAUUUCCUUGUAUGAAACUUGUCUCGCCUAUGAAACAGAGCAUCCGCUCUGCUGGCCCACAGAGCUGGAAGAUGUAUUAUAUGGAGGAAGAAUGACUCCCAUUUUGGACGAGUCUGUGUUUUUUUUACUGGUCGUGCCUGCUCUAUGCGUGUAGCUGCAUUGUUCGUUGACAACAAACAACUUAGCGAGUGCAAGUCGAGCCCUCUUCGAACCUUGUAUUUCUUUGUAAAUCCUUGUUACGCGCUCACCGGCGCGCGCUGUGGCUUAGUCUCUCUUUUUUGAUUUACGUCAAUAGCCACACUUUUCUCUGGAAAACAAGAAGGCCACGCAUUAGGAAGCGCUCCUUAAGACAUACAUUCGAGAAACAUCAAAUACAUCAUCGCCAUCGGAUUCUAACGUAGGUAGCAACGAUGAAUUCUUACUGCAGCAGAAGAGUCGUGACCGUGAGACACAUAUGACAAACUGAGUAAAAAAGACGAAAGCUCCUCCAUCGUGAUCCACGUUGCUGCCAGUGCUAGUCUGACUCUACAAUGAAGAUUCCGACUCCGACUUUUACAAAGCGAGAAAAAGAUGAAGCUGAGGCUAUCGAUCAUUGUAGCCCUGAGGAACUUUUACACCUUGAUCGGGCAUCUGCGUUCGUUUCCUUGCCUAUAAUUGAAGUAAAAACAAGGACAUGCUUUGCGAGAGAUGCGU